AUGAGACAAUUAUUAGAUCUGUUGAUAAUUAUAUCGCUGGUGAACGGUCACAGCCAGCCGUGCCUCGAGUACGGAUGUCCAGGACGACCGCAGUUCGAACCGUUUGUUCCUGCGCCGCCAGGUCACACUCCUAAUUGCGCGAAACCUGGACAAACCUUCUGCGAGAGCCUCGAUCAUUAUCCCAGACAGUUGAUCAAGUUUCUCGUGGACAAAUGCAGCUUCGAUUUUGGUUCAGUGCUGAAGGAUGAGUCGAAGGAGGACUUCAACAUUUAUAGGUCAGUCCCAGAUUACUCCGAGGGUUACGAUUACACCCCACGAGGAGAGCCGCAAUUACACUCGCAGGCGUUACCGUUCCUGCCGUCUCGGUAUCCGCUCCGAGGGCAGCCGACUUUAAUUUAUGGAGCACCGUCGAACGACACUCAGCAGAGCGGUUACAGGUACGGUGCUCCCGAUCAGACCUCGAGAAAUCCGUUUCUGGCCGAUGAAACGAGCAUCAAGUACCAUCCAGGCGGCCACCGUGGAUCUGGUCGUCCAGUCUAUCCGCAGACGCAAUCCUUGAACUCAUUCGGACAGGGUCAAGCAUGGUGGGCAAACAGAUACAGACGGGAGAAUAAAAUUACACCUGGCACGGUGCGCGAAAAUCUAAAGAGUCGCGAGAAGAGGCAGGCAAAUAAUCUCGAAGCGAUCUCCCUUUGCCCGACGGAUCCGCAGUACAUCAUGCCCAGGGCAGCUUUGAACAAUCAAGGGAACUGGAUGUACGUGGUUAAUCUUCCGGACCAGAAUCAGAAGUAUUCGCAAGUCGUGAGGAGCGAGAGGUGCACGACAACUGUUUGCAACGGUAUCUGUUCCGUUCCCACAGGUUAUACCAGUAAGUGUCAACAGCAAUAUGUACAGAAAAGACUAGUUGCAUUAGAAGGAAGCGGAAACCAACUUUAUACAGACGUGUUUUGGUUCCCUCACGGCUGUUCCUGUCAGAUUAUGUUGAAUUAUUAA